CUCUUUCGAUUUGGAUCAGAAAAAAAAAAAAAAUUUCUUCGGAAUUUCCAAUAAUCUGUCUCUCUUCUUCUUCUUCUUCUUCUUCUUCGAUCGAAAUUUGACUUUUUCGAAUUUGAUUUUUAUUAGCUUUGGUUGAGAUCAUCAUCGUCAAUGGCGACCGCUUCAUCUUCAGAAUCUCCUAACGAAGAAACGCAUACGAAUCAAGAAGCGAUGCAGCAGCAAGAUUUGUUGCCAAAGGAAACUACUAAUACUACGGAGGAAGAGGAGAUUUUGUAUAAGACGAAAUCGAUUCAGUUCCUUGGACGAACCACACCUAUCAUUCUCCAGAACGAAAAUGGACCUUGUCCUUUAUUAGCCAUUUGUAAUGUUCUUCUCUUGAGAAACAACUUGAAACUAAAUCCUGACUGUUAUGAGGUUUCUCAAGAGAGAUUGAUGUCUCUCGUGGUCGACAGACUGAUUGAUUCCAAUAGUAAAGUCAAUAACAAAGAUGAAGGAUAUAUUGAGAAUCAGCAACAGAACAUUGCUGAUGCAAUUGAUCUUCUUCCACGACUUACUACUGGAAUUGAUGUCAAUAUUAAAUUCAGGAGGAUUGAUGAUUUUGAGUUCACCCCUGAGUGUGCAAUAUUUGAUUUACUUGACAUUCCCUUAUAUCAUGGAUGGAUAGUUGAUCCUCAGGAUGUUGAAGCAGCUAAUGCAAUUGGAAGCAAGUCGUAUAAUGCUCUAAUGGGUGAGCUAGUUGCCCUGGAGACGCAGAAUGUAGAGGCUCAAGGUGAUCAAAAUCCCGGAGAAGAUUCUGUUGAUUUUGCUGCGGCAACUACUGCAGCUUUAGGGGUUCCUUCACCUUGUCUUUCGAAAACAAGAUCUUUUGAUGAUUCUCCACCUGCGGCUGCAGAGCUUCGCAGAAUGAGAAAGGGGGAUCUUGAAGAAGAAACAGAGUUGUUGCAAGCCUUGCAGUUAUCACAGGGGCAGGGGAAUGAUUCAACUCCAAACACUCACGGAGACUCAACCAAUCAAGACUCUGCGUUCACAUUUUCAGAUGCAAGUCCAACUAGCACCCAUGGUACUAAUAUCAGUCAGCUAGACCAGUUUAAAUCUGAUGAUGAUAAAGCAUCAGAAAAUGAUGGCAAUGUGAUCAAAGUUGGGGAAUUUCAGACACCGAUUACAAUUAAAAGUGAGGAUCUCAACCAUGAUCAAUUAUCUUCGAAGCAAACUGGAGUUGAAACGGCCUGUGAUGUUGAGAACGCGAGUAGCAGUAAAAAGGCCAUUGUCGAUGUAACUUCUUCUGAGGCGCUCUUUGUGGAUAAGGCUAAUCUGGAGUCAGCGAAAAUUGAAAGCAGUUCUGAGAGUCUACUCAAGUCUGAUGCAGCUUCUGUUGAUCCAGAUUUUAGUUGCAGAUCCCAGCAUGACAAUGUGCCCAAUGCGUUUACCUCACCUGUACCUACCGAUGAACCUAUGUACGAAGGUGAGGAAUGUGUAAACACAGUGGCUCCAGUUUGUGCAGACAAAGAACCUGUUUAUGAAGGUGAGUCACUUCUGGGUAAAAGGGUUGAGAAGGAUGUGGGUGAUUGUUCUUCUGAAGGAAGGGCUACAGAUGGGCUCACAGCAGAAGAAGGUGAACUAAUCAGGAACUUUAUGAAGAAUAGUGCAAGUCAAUUAACCUUUUGUGGACUCUUUCGCUUGCAAGAAGGCCUUAAAGAACGUGAACUCUGUGUUUUUUUCCGCAACAAUCAUUUCUGCACCAUGUUCAAGUAUGAAGGUGAACUUUAUCUUUUGGCUACAGAUCAAGGUUACCUGAACCAGCCUGAUUUGGUUUGGGAAAAACUAAACGAGGUUAAUGGCGACACUGCAUUCAUGACUGCUACCUUCAAGGAUUUCAAGAUUGACAGUAGCACAGGUGGCGCAAGUGGCACAUGGGAUGAACGAAACGCAGUCACAAAUACUGCUGAUUAUCUUGCAAGCAUCAACAAUGUAGCGGACACAGACAUAGAUGUCAACUCUGAUCUACAACUAGCAAUAGCUUUGCAACAACAAGAGUUUGAGGACCAGAGCCCACGUAGUAACCCAACUCCACAACCAACAAGUGUUGCUACCUCACGAUUGGUCACUGGUCCACAGGUACCAAGGAGCAGCCACAGGCCAUCAUCAGCUGCAGCGUCUUCAAGACACGACGGCAAAUCCCCAAAAGAUAAAGAUAGCAAAUGUAGAAUCAUGUAAAUCUUCAUUUCACUUCUGUAAAUGUCCAACUUUUUAUACUCCCUAACUAAUUUUAAUCCUUUAAAAGCAUUUUGGUUUUAACAAAAAAAAAACUAAACUGUAAUUGCGCUUUGCCUAAACUAUUUUUUUGUUGCUCAUAAAAAUCAGAGCUUUCUUUUAUCCUAUUGAGAAGUGGGAGACGAA